AUGAAUCAAUGUAAUGAGAUGCUCCGUAAUGCAAAUUCUUUGGAUCAGAAUGGACGACAGCUGGUGGUAGCGUUUAUGACUGGAAAUAAAUGUAAUCCGCGGCCGGAACUUGGACACAUAAUCACCAUGAAGCUUUCUGAGACGAUUGAAGAUGGCUUAGCAGAUAAUCAGAUGUGCAAAAUGAAGGUGGAGACUUUCUUCCAGAUGGAUUACCAAAGCGGUGAAUGGAAGCGCUUACGAAAGUGUCGUCUGCUUCAACCGCAUGAGCUUGAUGCUGCUGAACAGUACAUGUAUGUCCCGCAAGAAGGUUAUCAUACACAAGCGCAGCAGCAACCAACUUAA